CGUUCUUUUUAGUGUAAACAAAACAAACACUCGGUACUUUUUGCAAUAAGUUUUCGCAGGUUUUAAAACGAAAAUAUAAUCAAGAACUUACUGAAAUCGAAUAAGUUAUCAUGGAGGCAAGACCAGUUAAGAUUUGCUGCGGUUGCCUUAAUACCGGGCGCAAAAUGAUAGCUAUUAGAGAUAUCCAUUUACUAAAGUGUUUUUUGGAAAUAAUAAAUAGAAACCGGGUAUCAAUUUUCGGCAGCGAGCUUUUGCAACUAUGUUACGAAUGCACUGCAUUGCUGUUCAAGUUUACUAACUUCAAGUUCCAAGUUAUUACUAGCUACAGAACUUUUCAAAAUUAUUGUAAGCAGAAAACAGAACCGUUUACCCGUCUGAAAUCAGAGAAACUACGAAACGUAGAUAUAACAAACUGCCCACAGACCAACGAGCCAAUAGUGUAUUUAGUACAAGAUAUAAAAACAGAGAGCGACACAGAUGAUGUACUUGAAGAUGCAGACAAUGCGAGAGAGGAGCUGUCAGCUCAGGAGGAGGUGCUUAUUGAACAAGAGUUGGUUAAGAUUAAGAAAAAAAAGAAGAAACCACCUGCCAAAUUGGAGAAGGAGACAGAAAUAGAGUUUAUAGAAAUGAUACUCAAUGAGAGGGAAAUAGAACAGGAGAGAACUGUGCUAAGGCUGAGAGAUGAUUACAUGAAUGCAAUGUUUACCUGCACGAAUUGUAUACUCACUUUUCCCAAUGAGGACGAUCUGAAUGAACACACAGAUUUGAAACAUGACUUGAACGCGUCGCACUUCAAGUGUGCUAUAUGCUCGUGCUCGUUCGGCUCAGAGGUCUCGUACAACUACCACGUCAACAAGCACACACGACGCUACCGGUGCGUAGUUUGCUCGGACAUGUUCGCGAGCAAGCGCGCCGCUAGCAAGCACUACGGCUCGACGCAUAGCCACGGAACAGAAUAUGAUUUGGACGAAAAUAAUGGCAAUGCAAAUCAGAACGCUGUCGACAAUAGCGGAGAGAAGAACUCGAGCCCUCAGGACCAGAACACGUUCCCGUGCCAGUUCUGCGCGAAGAUCUUCAAAUGGAGAACCUCACUGAGGAAGCAUUUGGAGACUCACCGAAUAGAGACCGGAGAGAAGAGAAAACCUUACUGUGAGCCUUGCAGUUUGUCUUUCACCACGACACCGAAUCUCCAAAAGCAUGUCAGGACAAGUUCUAAACACAAAAUACAAUUGAAACUCCGAAAACUCAACGAAAACGGCGUGGCCGGAACGCUGAAGCAAUUGAAGAAAAAGGCGGAACUUAUGGACGAAAUAAAAUCGACGGUUACCAAAUCGCAACCCAAAUACUGCUGUCAGCAAUGCGACAAGGUUUUCCUGUGGAGGGGGAACCUGUUGAGACAUCUUCACAGCCACGCUGCGAAAGCUAAAGGCGAUUUAGUGUGUAAACCCUGUAACAGAACUUUUUCAUCGAUAGCUACGUACCAACAGCAUAUGAAAAUAAGCAGAAAACACGUCUCCGAGGAAGAUUUCAAGUACAUGUGUAGCGAUUGCGGAAAACGUUUCCCCACAAAGUUACAUCUGCGGGAUCACAUAAAUUGGGAGCAUCUCAAGAACUUCGUGUACACUUGCGACGAAUGCCAGAAGGUGUUCAAAACUAGCAAUUCGGUGUAUCUACACAAACAGGCGGUUCACAAUAAAGAUACGUUGGAGCAUCUAUGCGAUCACUGCGGGAAGCCGUUUCCGAACAACGCCAAGCUACGCAGCCACAUCCUGGGUACACAUAAUGGCGGCGUGCAACAUCAGUGCGGGCUGUGCGAGGCCAGGUUUAGCUGGCAAUCUUGCCUGUCGAGGCAUAUGAGGCAGAAACAUCGGAAGACUGCCGUACAAUGAGUCACUAGUGAGUUUCUUUUGAGUCACCAAUGAGUAUCAGUCGAGUCACUAAUGAGUUACUGUAGAGUCACUAAUGGGUUACUGUCGAGUAUACAAUGAGUUACUGUCGUGUCGCAAUCGAGUCACCUAUAAGCUACUAUCGAGUAACCGUCGAGUCACCAAUUGGUAACUAAUGAGUUACAAUUGUGUCAAUAGUGAGUUACUUUUAAGUCACCGAUGAGUAUCAGGGAGUUAAUAUCGUGUUACUGGCGAGUCUCUAAUGAGAAACUAUUGAGUUACUGUCGUGUCGCUAUCGAGUCACCUAUAAGCUACUAUCGAGUAACCGUCGAGUCUCCAUUGGGUAACUAAUGAGUUACAAUUGUUUCACUAGUGAGCUACUUUUAAGUCACCAAUGAGUAUCAGUAAGUUACUAUCGUGUUACUGGCGAGUCUCUAAUCAGAAACUAUUGAGUUACCGUCGAGUCACCAAUGGGUUAUUAAAGAGUUACUAUUGUAUCACUAUUGAGUUGAUGACUGAAUUGUUUGAUAUGCUAAUAGACAUUAGGCGUUAACAUAUUAUUAAAAAAAACAUCGUUUAUGUAAGCUCCAAUGAAUUACUUUCCGAGUCACAAAUGAGUUAUCGUCCAAACAGCCACAUCGUAGGCGUACUCAGUGCUGUGCAGGGACAGUGCGCGUUGUACGAGGACAUAUUCAGCUGGCAAUAUUACCUCUUAAGACACAUGAGGCAGAAACAUCGAAAGACUGUCGAACAAUGAGUCACUAGUGAGUUCUUUUUGAGUCACCAAUGAGUAUCAGUCGAGUCACUAAUGAGUUCCUGUUGAGUCACCGAUGAGUUAGUGUCAAGUUACUAUCGAUUUUUGAGUCACCAAUGAGUAUCAGUCGAGUCACUAAUGAGUUCCUGUUGAGUCACCGAUGAGUUAGUGUCAAGUUACUAUCGAUUUUUGAGUCACCAAUGAGUAUCAGUCGAGUCAGUAAUGAGUUCCUGUUGAGUCACCGAUGAGUUAGUGUCAAGUUACUAUCGAUUCACCUAUAAGUUACUAACGUAUAACUGCUGUUUCUCAAAGAGAAACUAUCAAGUCCACUAAUAUGUUACUAUUGCGUCACUAGCGAGUAGAUGACUGAACUGUUUUAUAUGCAAUAUGAAAUCCUAUAGCGUUCCUCAAGAAAUUAGCUGUCAAAUUCAAAAAGGAUUUUUCGAAUCAGACAGUUAUUUCUGGAGUUAAGUUAAAAAAAAACCACAUAAACUCUUUAUUUUUAAGAUUAGCGUACCUAUACAUUAAUUUAUUUUUAAGGUUUAAGUUAUUGAUUUACUAGAUUUUACCCGGGGCUUCGCUCGCGUGGUAAUUUGAAUAACUUUGGCAUGAGAGGUGAUUUUUAGCAUCGAGAUAGUUUAUGAGCUAAUCCCGGAAAAAUGCAAGCAAGCGAGCAAGUUCGAGCGUGAGCGUAAGCGUAUCUUCCCACAGGAACUGUGCAUUUCCCCCUGCAACUGUCUCUAUGCAAAAAUUCACAUCAAUCCGUUACUCUGUUGCUGCGUCAUUG